CUCAUGUUUGCUUAUUUAAUUGAUGUCUAUGUCUGCCUCAUUUAAUUGAUGUCUACCUUAUUUUGCUCAUGUUUGCUCUGUUCUAAACUUUUCUCUAUGGUGCUACCCUCAAUCAGCCGACAACUUACUGUCUAGUUUUGAUCAUUUGCAAAGCAAACUGAUUGCUCUGUUUGCUACUGUCUGGUUGUUGGUUAUUAGUUGUUACUGUCUGGUUGUUAGUCAAACUGUUUACUUGGGUUGGGCGGUUGUUUAUAUUUGAUGGAAUUAAUUCAUGUCUAGCUUCUAGGAUGAAAGAAUAUCACUGUCUAUCUCAUAGGGAUCAUAGUAUAUCACAAACAAUACGAUGCUCAUUUGUCAAAUGAGCAAAUAAUUAUUUGCCCAUUUUUCAACAACUUUUUUCCAACUUCUGCCUUUAAUAUAGUGAUGAUUAACCAAUCUCAACCACAAGCUAUCAUUCAUGUUUGCAAUGUCCCAUAUGUAUUUUCCCAUGACAGCAACAUUCCAACUGUUUGCUCUGUUUAUUUUGCUCAUUUCAAUUUCUGUUGCUCAUUACUCUUUUUGGUCAUAUUUUUUUUGUCAGGUAAACAAAAUGUGAAUAUCAAUUCUGAUAUUCUUACAUUUUUGUCUGAUGUUGAUAAAAUUAAGGAUCUGAAUUGGUCUAUGUAUAUUCUUGACUGUCUAGUGAAGGGAAAGCUAUUCCGGGAACAACUUCCAACUCGUUCUUUUCCCGGGUCGUUGUUGUUUCUUAUGUUUUUCUAUGUAGAUAAAUUUGUACUUGAAGAAGUACGAGCUGCCCGUGAAAUUCCAAUCCUCAAAGGGUGGACAACAGCUAUGUUGUCAACCCGUGAAAAAUUGGAAGUAUUUAAAGGAAGGUUUGGAACUAUUCGGGGAAAAAAGGUUGAUGCUGGUUCUUCAACCAUGGGAUUGGAAGUAAUUUCAUUUUUAAUUUUUUUUUUAUAGGAAAAAGUCGAUUCUUCUGAAAUGAAAGUUCAAUUACGUGUGAAUAAGGAAGAACCUGAUCCAAUUUCUACAAAAAAUGAAGAAACUGAACAAGAUCCAAAGAAGGUAUUUAUAUAUCAAAGGAACAAAACCUUCGGUGCUCAUAUGUAGUUUAUAUUACUUUUCUCAUUUCACAUCCACCUUGCUCAUUUCAUAUUUUCUUUGCUCAUUUCUUUUAUAUUCAUCUUAUUAUGUAAUUUUUUUUAUUCUUUUUUUUUACAAAAAAUGUCUUAUGGAGCUUGCAGCAGCAUCUACAAAUCUAGUGCUGGCAUAUAUGGAUUUUAGUCAAAAACACGAAGCUGCUUUCAAAUAUUUUCCGAACAAUGAAAAAAUUCAAAAGUUGAAGGAAGAUGCAAUGAGCAUCUGUGAUGAGCAUAGGAUGAGCUCAAGAGCUAUGACGGAAGAUAUUCCUCUCUCGAUUAGCCAAGAUGAGCAGUAUUGGCAAGAUGCUGCUGUAAUCGAAGCAUGGGAUAGGUUUUCAAAAAUAUCAAGAAAUGAUGCUAGGGUUGAUCAACAGAAAGAAUCACAACCAAUAGAUGUUUCUAGGAUUGCUGCUGAGUGUGUUCAAAUAGCCAGUGGUAUAUCAGAUUCUGAAGCUCCUAGGGCUGCUGAACAUGUGGUUAAAAAACUUGGAGAGUCAAUUAGAAGAUAUAGUCUAAGAGUUCAGUAGCCAAAGGAGGUGGUACUUCUUCAUUCAGCCUAGGCAUCUUUUCUCAAGAAUCUGAAUCUCAGGAGAAGUCCCCUAGCAUUGCUGAUGUUGCUCCUAUUGUAGCUCUUGUAGUUGGUCCUGUUGUUGCUGAUGUUGGUGUUUCUACAUCAAUUGUUGUUGAUGUUGCUGAUGCUUUGCAUGCUCAAGAUGAUCCAGUUGCACUUAAGAGAAAAGGAGAUGCUGAAAAUGAGAGUUCUAUUCAAAAGAAAAAGCGUAUAGUGCAACCAUCAUUGCAAAUAAGAUCUCCUUUUAAGUCUCGGGUUAUCAACAUUUAUACACCAUUAACAGCAGUUCAGAAAGGUGUUUUGGAUUUAGUUUUUUCUGAGAAAAAAAAUCGUUUGUAAGUAUUUAUUCAGUUUUUCAGUUCUAAAAUUGGCAAUUGACCUUAAUUUUCUUUCUCACUUUACAUAUCUUUGAUUGAAAUUAUUUUAACUUACCUAAAUCUUAUAUGUAGUGAUGUAGUGUUUUUAUUGAAGGAUGAUCCUAAAAGUGAAGUGAUGCUUUUUCAAUUAGAAAUGUUAAAAAAUCAAGAAAAAAUUCAUGCUGAUGUCAUUAAUGCAUGGUCCGCUGUUCUGAAUUAUCAAGAGCAAUACAGAGAUGUCAAUUCUAGUGGACGUUUCUUUUUCAGAUGUAAUGCAGCUGAUUGCCUUUUUCAUUAUGAAAACGAUAGUGCUCGAGAAAGGAAUAAGAUGUUCUAUGAUGUUGUGAAGUUCGAAUUUAGCAGAACAUUCAUCUCAAACAAAGAUAUUGACCUUUACUUUUUCCCGGUAUAUGAAAGUGGUCAUUUUUAUUUGGUAUGUUUUAACACCACCAUAGAGCGUGGUACAAUAGAGGUUAUUGAUUACAAAGAUGGUUCUAAAGAAAACAAGAAAUUUCUUAAAAAUCUGAAAAGUGCAUUUUCAUAUGUCAUGGAUGGUGAAGGAACAAUACAAAGUCUUGUUUUAUCAAAACAAAUCAAGUCCACGGAAUCUGUAGUGAUUGAUGUACCUUGGAAGUCUUCUGAUGAUGCUCAUUUGCAUUGCGGUGUUGCAAUGAUGAGGCAUAUGGAAACUUAUAUGGGUAUGCAAAAGUGGAAUUCAGGUUUAAAGAAAAAUAAUCACAUAAUCAUUGAAAAACUUCGUUUGAAGUAUACUCUGUCAAUUAUUUCAAGUGAAGUAAAUAUUGUUGAACCUGUCAAACAAACUGUCCUAAAGAGAUAACAGGCUGAAAAAUGAAGUCAUACCAAAAGGCAGGGGCAGCAAUCCAGCAGCAUUCAAAUUGAUUCAAGACUGAAGUUCAAUUGUUAUGAUGUAAUUAGACUGAAGUUCAAUUGGUCAUUUUUUAAAACAGUAGAAGUGUUAGUUUUAUAACUUUUGGUAUACCUUUUGUUAACUUUUGGUAUAACUUUUUGUAAAACAGUAGAAGUUUAAGUUCAAUUGUUAUGUGACAAUUGUAUAACUUUUGGUAUGUAUAUGUACUGGAGAUA